AGAGUCGGAGGGCAAAGGGCUGAAGUUGGGUAAAGGGGCUGGGAGGUGGCGCGCGCCGGGGCGCGGGGGGUGUCCGGGAGGUGAACAUCGGCCUCCCGCGGCCUCCUCCCAAUCCUAAUUUCUUGCCUAAGCUUGCCCUUCAACUUCUCAACUGCCCCGGGGACCAGUGCAGGUCAGGCUUGUGCUUAAUCGUUCCCAAAUCCAGGACCUGGGUCCGGAGAAAGGAGGGGACCGAGGGUGUGGGGAGGGACGCUGUCACCUGAGACCUUAGUGCUGAUGUUCCUGUUUCCAUCUAAUCGCCGAAGACACCGCUUCCCCACCCCUGGUUCAGCUGGGUUGUAGAAGGCUUGUUUCCACCUUCGUGCUGAGUAAUGGUCUGCUCAAGAAAGUGAUAGUAAUGAUGAAGGCGUUGUGAGAUUGAUCAGGUUAAAGAAAAAAUUAAACUUUUUAUCAGUGGGUUAAUAAAAUAUUCCUUCAUUCAAAGUAGAACAGAGGAUUGAAAAUUGGGAGGCUUUCUUGAUUUUUUUUACCCCCUCUCAUUUAGGUGCCCCAAGCCCCCAAGCCUUGCCGCUGCCAAACUUCUGUACUCGCUUUAUUAUUUCGCUUUAUUUUAGUUCCUUAGAGGACUGAGGAGAGACCAAAAUGGACUGAUUUGGCAGUACUGUUUGCUGUGUGAGGGUGUGGUACUAAAUAUUUCUCCAAGGUCAGAGCAAGCCAAAAUGAAUCCUUUUCCUUCUCAGGCUCUUGCCCCACCCAUAAAAGUUGUUCAGCUUCUUUGGAAAUUUUGACUGUUCAAGGCACAUAUAUUGUGUGGCUAAAUGAUAUCUAGUAAGUGGUUAAGCCUUAGAUUUUAAGGUAAAGGUAAUUUGGUCUCACUGAAAUUAUUUGCUAAAUAGUUUGCUUCCUGCAUAUUCUGGAAACAGGAAUUUUUAAAUAGUGACAUUUUGCAACAGUAUAAAAAUGGCUUUCCCACUAUGCUGUAAGUUUGAGUAAACAUGUUCAAAAUCUGAACCACAGUGUGGUUUUUUGGUUAUAAUUUUGUGUUUUCCUGGUCUUGGAGACUUAAUACUCAUACAAAAACAGGACUGGGAUAAAUUCAAGUUUCUGAAUUUUCAUAAAUGGUAACUCAAAAUAUGCUUCAUAAGAUUUACAUUAUUUCUGUUAACUUUUUCUAAACCUAUUUUGUGGUUAGCUACUAAAUCUAAAACUUACAUUGUCGCUGGAAGAAAGAUUUAGUAGUAUAUUAUAAUAUGUUCUCUAAACCAAAUCUCUACUUGACCUUUUUUAUCCAACACCUCGACUCGACGGCAGUGGGCUUGGUUUUUUUGGUUUAUCCAACACCUCUGCUGUGUUACUGCAUAAAAGACAAGAUGUUAAGACCCAGUUAUAAAUAUUUAACUGUGCCCUAAAUCUCUUCUGAAACCACUGAAUUUUGUUGCCAAAGACUGGCUGAGUUGGGCUCUCCAUACUAUUUACAAUAAGGCUUUUUUUUUUUUAAAGCUAUCUAGUCUUAACUAGGUUAGAUUUUUGGAUAUAAAUUUUAUUUACUUUAAAAAUGUUUACUAAAGAACCUCAGAAGAUUAGAGAAAUGCAUCUUAAAUAAUUAAAAAUAAAUAUAUUACAAAGAUUAUACAAACAUAAACUGGAGGUUGCUAGUGUGAUUCAGUAUUGAAAAUAAACCAUGCCAUAAUCCUUACUCUGUUGGAAUACAUAUUAAGAAAUCUUUUUUCCAAAGAGCAAAAUUAUCAAUGUUUCCUCUCCUCUCCAUUAAGCUGAUUAAUAAACAAUGUUAUAAUUACUCUUAUUUGACGAAAAAGAGCAGGAUAAUACAUAACAGUCUACAUAUAUAUCUCUGAAUGAGUUCCUGGGUGGUGCAGAUGGUUACGCACUCAAUUACUAACUGUAAACUAACAAAGUCUGGAGGUUCAAACUCACCCAGAGGCGCCUCAAAGGCAGGCCUAGCAAUUUACUUCCAGAAGGUCGCAGCCUUGAAAACCCUGUGGAACAGUUCUACUCUGCACACACGGGGGUCGUUAUGAAUCGGAAUUGACCCAACGGCAACAACUACAUGUAAAUAUACAUAUAAAUAUAUGUACACACAUAUAUAUGUCCUGUUUAGCCAGGGAUGGUAUUAUCAUGACACGAAUGUUUGUUAAGAACAUGCUGAAGCAAAGAGCUAGUUUGAUUUCCUGUCCACCAGUUAGAGUAUCUGUGUCACUUUCAUUAUCUCUCUAUUUACUUAGCCUCUAUUAUUGUUUCCUGGCCAUAAGAAUAAUCUGUUUUUCCAAAAAGUUUUCUUUCCAUAAUGCUUGUUGAGUGGUUGCCAGGCUUGGCCGUGAAGCUCGGUGAGGAGGCACGGAAUUAUUACAGGAGUCAUCGUAUGCUCACCGUGAUACCUGUACACCAACUAAAUAAAGCUAGUGAGUGUUUUGAUGUCGAAGAGAGGGGUAUGUGUUCUCUGAAAUAGUGGUUUCCGGAGUGAGAUGAUGUACCACAAAGGAUGUAAAAGGUGAUUAGCUGGAGUUUAGGAAGAAAUAGUAUACCUUUUAUUUACAUUUUUCACUUAAAAAUAUAAAAUAAUAUUAAAACUAUUUUUUUAAUCUAGAAAGACACCAGCGUCUCCAGUCACUGGAUGUGUCAGCUGGUCACAAGUCUUCUGAAAGAACAGGAUGUUCACAUGUGAAAAAGUUGAUAGCUGCUUCCUUAUUUGUUGAUUUACUUUUGUUAUAUUGUGAUGUAUGGAAGUUUACUGAUGCUGGGUUAAGAUAUAUAUUAUCCAGUUUCAACUGAACUAACCUUCACCAAAAAGUCAAGUGGCUUUAAAAGAUUCCUUUCAAUGAAAUUGCAAAUUGAAGAUAGUAUUAAUUAUGCAGUCAAAAGUAAACAGCACCAAAAAAAAAAGGCGGAGAUGACACUUCGAGUAUAAACUGUCAGCCAUACUAUGACAUAAAAAAAAAAAUGGAUUUCUUUAGAUAUGCGAAGUAAUCAAAAAAUGCCAAAUUUUAAAGAAGACUGUUUGAAAUCCUAUUUAAUCUCAGGUAUUAACAAAAAUCCCCUAGCUAAGUGUGUAUAUUGUUCUUGAAAUAUUAGCUAAUGAUAGGAUAUGGUCAUCCCAGUUAGCAAGACAUUUAAUAAAAAAUAUUUUCCAGCGUGUGAAGACAAGCUAGUACACAUUUUUUCUUUUUGUCUUUUUUGUAUUCUUUUUUUGUUGUUGUUGAAAGUCAAUCUUGUACUUGGCAGAACUUCUCUAAAUUUAAUGAUGACUAUUUAAGAAUUUUUUUGGCAAGCUCAUAGUCUAAGUUGAUAAAAGUCCUCAUAUCAUUCACGGAAACCUCUUUCUCACAGUGGCAUAUGGUUUAUAAAUAGAUAUAUGUACGUACAGUAUAUUUGUGCACAUUACCAAAAAUGUUUUACUAAAGGGGUGAACAGUCAGAAACAUUUGAAAGCCACAGUUCUAAAAAAUUGGGACCUUUAAUUAAAAAAAAUUUUUUACGCUUCUCCAAUAAAAAUCAGUUACGUUUGCACCUUUCAUCCUUCCUUCGUAUGCCUCAGAAUUCCCAUUGUUCUCCUUUUAAUAUUCCCUGUUGUUAUUAGGUGCUAUCAAGUCGAUUUUCGACUAACAGGAACCCAGUGUGACAGAGCAGAACUGUAAGAGGUGGUUUUAAGGAAAAUGAAAUGAGGGCUCAGACAUGUGAAUGUAGUGAGUAGCUUCUCAGUAACCUGAUAUGAGUACAAACAAAGCUUCUGUACACCUUGAACGUAAUCUGGUUUUCUGGCAGACCUUGACUUCAGAAUACUCGGUGGUUGCUGUAUAUGGAACGUUAUCUGAUUUGCUUUCUGUGGCCAGCAGUAAGCUUGGCAUAAAAGCCACCAGUGUGUAUAAUGGGAAAGGUGGACUGAUUGAUGAUAUUGCUUUGAUCAGGGAUGAUGAUGUUUUGUUUGUGUGUGAAGGAGAACCAUUUAUUGAUCCUCAGACAGAUUCUAAACCACCUGAAGGACUGACAGGAUCCCACACAGACUGGCUAACAUUAAAUGUUGGAGGGCGGUACUUUACAACUACACGGAGCACUUUAGUGAAUAAAGAACCUGACAGUAUGCUGGCCCACAUGUUUGAAGACAAAGAUGUCUGGAGAAAUAAGCAAGAUCAUAGAGGAGCUUACUUAAUUGACCGAAGCCCUGAGUACUUUGAACCCAUUUUGAACUACUUGAGGCAUGGACAGCUCAUUGUAAAUGAUGGCAUUAAUUUACUGGGUGUGUUAGAAGAAGCCAGAUUUUUUGGUAUUGACUCAUUGAUUGAGCACCUUGAAGUGGCAAUAAAGAAUUCUCAACCACCAGAGGAUCAUUCACCAAUAUCCCGAAAGGAAUUUGUACGAUUUCUGCUAGCCACCCCAACCAAGUCAGAAUUACGUUGCCAGUGUGCCAAUCUCCAGGGGGUUAAGAUGCUCUGUUCUAACGCUGAAGGAGCGUCCCUGAAAUUGUGUAAUUUUGAGGAUCCCUCUGGUCUUAAAGCCAAUUUAGAAGGUGCUAAUCUGAAAGGUGUGGACAUGGAAGGAAGUCAAAUGACAGGAAUUAACCUGCGAGUUGCUACAUUAAAAAAUGCAAAGUUGAAGAACUGUAACCUCAGAGGAGCGACUUUGGCAGGAACUGACUUAGAGAACUGUGAUCUGUCUGGGUGUGAUCUUCAAGAAGCCAACCUGCGAGGCUCUAAUGUGAAGGGAGCUAUAUUUGAAGAGAUGCUGACACCACUACAUAUGUCACAAAGUGUCAGAUAGAAUUUCAGGGGCUGGAGGAAGAUGUCCAGGAUGAGAAAUGUUUUCCUUAUCACUUUUCUUUCUCCACCCACUCAGUUGUCCCAGAAGAAAUAACUAAGGGACUAAGAAAAUUUUAGAAGAUUAUGCUUGUUCUCAGUGGUGCAUAAGGGGGAAAAAUGUCUUUUUUUCCACAUUCUGAUUAUAAAGGAGAAGCACUCAUGUAAUAGAUAUAGGGAAUUUAGAUUAUAUUGCUGCCUUUUGGGUGGGGUAAGGGGACAUGCCUGACUUUAUGACUGGGAAUAUUUGCGUUUAAAUAGGCAUGAUGUGGAAAUACCAUCUUGGUUUGAAAUGCAUUUGAAGAUUUUAAUUUAUGAAAAGCACAACAUAUGCAAUUAUAUUUAUUGAAUCUCUAGAUGCAGUAUGGAUAUUUAAAUUGUUAAAGUUUAUGAAAAUUUUGAAAAGGUUGUUCAGGUUUAUAAAUAGCUUUAGUGAUGCCUCCCCUACUUCAGAUACCUUCCAACCAUAUGCAUAUGGUGAGACUGCUCCCCAAGGCUCUCUUUUCAGGUUCAUUUUUAUAAUGUUUACUUUUUAGGGCAAAACAGUAGUUGAAUUAAAGAAAUCUCUCAUUCUUACUGAUGGAGACAGAGUGGAAGGAAAGACAGCAUUAUACAGGAUUUUCAUGCUUAAAAUACAGUGGAACUCUCCAGAUGGAGGAAGAAUUUACAUACAUACAACUUUUAAGUGAACGUCCUCACCUGAAAAACCGAAAUUCAUUGUAAGCAAGUUCUACUCAACACCAGACCAAGCAAUUUUAUGAAUUUAUACUACUAGACUAGUGAGCUCAUACACAGUCAAAGUAAGCACCAGAAGAUACUUUGGUACCAAAAAACCAAGGUGCGUCAUUAAUAUUCACUUAAUUGAAAUGCCAAAUAGGUUUAACAUGGCCAGUUUAGAAAUAGGUUAUUAAAUUCAAAUCCAUUGCAAUCAAAACUAUAAAAUAUGGAUGAGUAUGGCAAAGUCAUCUUUUAGAAGUCAGCAUAAUUAAUAUAAUUACAACUAAAGCCCUGCAGUGGGGAAUGAGAGAUUUAAACUGACAGGUUGAUUAUAGCCACCAAAUAUAUAAGUAAAUACAAAGGUAGUUGGUUGGUCCAAGAUGUAAUAUCAGUCAGCCAGCACCUCUGGUUCUUUUACUUUUAUUUACGGUUUUUUUUUUAACAAAUUUUAGCCCAGUUUUCUUGCGUUAUCUCCCUGCAGCAGCAGCAAUAGGGCCUGUCCUUCCUUACCAAUAACCCAGUGUCCUUACGUCCUCCCCAAGAGCAGGGAUGUUAGCUGUGUCCAAAUGGGCUCUGAGUUCUACAGACUCAUUAGUUUGAGGCAGUGAAUCAUUAAAAACCACCUUUGUCUCCUUGGGAGAGUGAUAUGUGCUCUAUAUUUAUGUAGUUUAUUCUUCUAUACAUACAUAUGCAAAGCUUUCCUUGAUAGUAAAGAGUACAUACGCAUAGUGGGAGAUUGGACCUUUACAGAUAAAGGAAAGCAACUUUAGAAAUGAAUUAUUUUCUUUGCUUUAUUAUUUUUACCAAGACAGAGAAGUAUUGAGAGAGAUCUAUUUUCAUAAUUAAUAUGUGCCUAAAUUAUAUUUAAAUCAUUUCACUCUGUACUAUAUUUUCAAUAGUUAUAGAAUGUGUUGUUCAUUCACUUAAAGGUACCUCUGUAGGUAUAACCUAAAACUGCAGAAAGAUCUGAGCGAUCUCAACAUGGUGUGCUUAGUAACUGAAGAUUUCUGAUAUAAUGUAUAUUGCAUUAAUAAACAAUAUGAAAUGUUGAAAA